CAAUCCACACCCCAUUCCAACCAAUGACCACAUAGAACAUCCUUCCUGCUCCAUGUCUAACCAAGUGCUUGAGCCACUCCCAGACUCGGAUGCCCCUGCUACAAAUGAGUUACUAUUCACUCCCCCGCUCCCGCUGGCUCGUCACCGGAGAAUGUUCAUGCAGCGAUUGACGGUAUGGCUCCAUCGCAGUAUGUUAAUGAGGGGACAACGGAAACAAUAGCCCAGGCUCCACAUACCCCUGUCAUCGAUUCUCUAGAGGUUGUGGACCAGCCCCUCCAACUACUUGCUACCGACAGUAAAACGGUGACGUUGGAUCCCCCAAGUAGUCCUAUACUCUCAAAGCUUGAUAUCCUCCCCGAGACCACGAUUUUGGCUGGACCUGCGGCCUCUGUCAAACCUGCAGAAUCCUCGGGUAGAGCUUCUCCCGUCGAUAUUCAACUUGUUGUCUCACCUCAAGCCGAUAUCGAUGAUAUUGUUUUGGGUUUUCAUAUGCUGGACCUGCAUGAGGUGCUUUCUCCAUGGGUGCCAAUGUCUCCCGCAGCACCAUCUGUUUACGUCCCACCUGCUGUGCAGCACUUAAUCGCUGCCAUGAACCGUCAACUAGAAAUCGAAUGCCAGGCCCGAAAACGAGCUGAAGAGCUUUAUCUAGAUGAAAUGCGCCUGCGCAUUAAGAUGGAAGAAGUGGUUGAUAGAUUACAGAGGGAACGGGGACAGACACGGGAGCAAGGUGCAUCUCCAUCUCAACAACCUCCCUCAUUACAUGCUUCACCGCGUGCGUCGAAGACGCACGCGAGCCCAGAAGAAGUUGGGCAGUGGGAUGGUGAAGCCAAACCAACAUCCACUGAUACCACUUAUCCGGAUGUUACGACAAAAGAUUCUUGUGCCUGAGACACCGAGUCAUCUCGCUUUCGAUUUGAUUCUACUGCUGUAUCUCUGCUUUGUCGCAACCUAUACGAACUGAACAAUGGAUACCGCAACGUUCUGGGUGAUCUUUCAUACGGAUUUAAAGUUUCCAUUAGUAGGAUCUUAGUCGCAUUGAACCUGCAUACCACUUAUCCCCAAAUAACAGUUCAGAUACAUGAUUGAUAAAAUACAGUUUCGUCGAUCAUAAAAUAAAAAGGG